AUGUAUCGAAUUUCAGAAGAGCUCGCUAGCAAAAGUCAUUGGAACAGAGGACGCGCCGGGUCGAUAAAACCACGACAGCCACGACAGCCGCCGCCACCACCGGCGCCGAAGCCACAGCCUCCCGAUCCAUAUAUCUCUUCUGCCAAAUUUGAAAGUCGGAUAUCCGAGUCCGAUAGGGUUAUUGCUGACCUAGGCACGAUGCACCCAGCUAGUCUCAAGCUGUAUCCUCAAGUUGACGUCCGCAAUGGUAUCAGUGGGAGGACGAAGGCUAUGAGAGUCGGCGGACGAUGA